AUGGAUGAGAUUCAAUUGAGCAAGAAAAUCGAACCUGCUUCUGAACAGGCGGUUGAUGAGGGCAUGGGGAAAGUGUUUUCUCUCGAUAAUCCCGAGGUCGAGCAUUUCUAUGGCUCAUCAACCACUCACGCCUAUCGUCUGAAGUCUGAGCUAGUGGGGAAAUGCAUGGAAGGCAUUGGGAUGGGAAAGUUCCAAUGGAAACUCUUUGUGGUGACUGGAUUUGGCUGGAUUGUAGACAACUUUGCAUCACAAGGAAUUGGCAGCAUGCAGCCUCCGAUCGAGCUGGAGUUCUCCGAUAUCACGAAGGUCAGCUAUAGCUCUGUUGCAUAUUACGUGGGCUUGAUUCUAGGAGCCUCCUUCUGGGGAAUUUCUAGCGACUUGAUCGGUCGGAAACCCGCUUUCAACUGCACGCUCCUCAUUGCAGGCAUCUUCCUCAGUGCUUGUGCUGGUUCUAUGAACUUCAUUGCUUUCAGCGCAUUUUGGGCUGUAAUUGGCACUGCGGCGGGUGGAAAUGUACCAGUCGACUCUAUCAUCUUUCUCGAAUUUGUUCCUGGAAGCCACCAAUACUUGCUUACAGCUCUCUCGGCGUGGUGGAAUCUAGGGCAACUUAUCGUUUCACUGCUUGCGUGGGUAUUUUUAGCCAACUUCAGCUGUCCAACAGACGCAACUGCCGCCACCUGUUCUCGGAGCGAAAAUAUGGGAUGGCGAUACACCAUGAUCACUCUCGGGGCCCUCACCCUGGCAUUUACCUUCAUCCGCAUUUUUCUCUUCAAGCUCCCUGAGACACCACGGUACCUCCUCUCCCGUGGACGUGAUGAAGAUGCCGUCAGUGUCGUGAACUACGUUGCACGACAAAAUGGCAAACCUGAGCCCCUUACAAUAGAGAUGCUGCGCGAGAUUGACGUCCGGCUCGGUAUGACGGCCAAUGACGAGUCGCCGAAGAAACUAUCAACCAAAGAGAUCGUCUCCGAGAAUAUGGAAGCCUUCCGAGGUGACCAUUUCCGGGCCCUUUUUGCGACGCGGAAGCUUGGUCAACAUACCCUCAUUACCUGGGCUAUUUGGCUCACUGUUGGCAUUGCAUACCCACUCUAUUUCAAUUUUCUUCCGUCCUAUUUAGCCAAGAAAUUCACUUCAGACUCUUCUCUAUACACCACAUACCGCAACUACUGCAUUGAAUCCGCCGUUGGAAUUGUUGGCCCGUUAACUGCCGCCAUCUCAGUCAACACUCGCCUCGGUCGACGAUGGAUGAUGGGUCUCUCCGCAGUGGUGACGGCCGUAUUCCUGUUUGCCUAUGUUGGUGUGACCAACCCGACCUCCAGCCUGGCCUUCUCGUGUAUAACGGGUUUGCUCGCAAAUUUUGAAUAUGCCAUCAUGUACGCAUUUACGCCUGAGUCAUUCCCUGCCCCUCACCGUGGAACUGGCACCGGCACUGCCGCUACGCUACUCCGAUUUGGAGGUCUUGUUGCUAGCUUGAUCUCAUCCCAGACUGGGUUUACGAGCGCGCCUAUUUAUGCCAGCGCUGCUUUGUGGGUGCUCGUGGGGGUGUCUUGUCUCGGACUGCCGUUCGAGACUCAUGGACAUGACGCUAUCUAA